CCGACGAAGUUAAGAUUCACGUUUCAGUGUGGAGUCAAGAAACAACUGGACUGCUUGGUGUCGAUGGCGAGUGCAGGAUGCGUCUACACAUACGUCGAUGUUUGUAUGCAGCGUUGCUGGUCGUCGCGGUACAAGUUGUCAUCAUGUAUUGGGGUGCCAGGGGUCGAUCUGGGCGGAAAUCUUAUAUUCCUCUGAAACAUUUCCAAAGUCGAGAUUUGCCAACAAAGCAAGAGUUAACUGGAACAUGCAAUCCUGAUCUGUGUAAUCCAGUACGCGACGACAUGCUGAACGUGCACAUCGUCGCCCACUCCCACGACGACGUGGGCUGGUUGAAGACAAUGGAUCAAUACUACACGGGGGAGAAGAGCGUAGGGUCGGGCUAUUCCCACCAUUUUGGCCAUGAAUGUGUUCGCUGCGUACUCAAUACUACCAUUCCUGAACUUUUGGAAAACCCCAAAAGAAAGUUCAUUUUCAUCGAGAUGGCUUUCUUGUCCAUGUGGUGGAAGGAAAUUGACCAGCAGACACAAGCCAAGGUCAAGGAACUCAUCAAACAGAGGCGCCUGGAGAUUGUCAUUGGAGGAUGGUGUAUGAGCGACGCAGCGACGACAUUCUACAACGACAUCAUCGACCAGCACACACUAGGUUUUGAUUUCAUUGACAGUAAUUUUGGACCCUGUGCCCAGUCGAAGGUAGCCUGGCAUGUCGACCAGUUCGGACAUUCUAGAGAACAUUCGUCAAUAUUUGCACAGAUGGGUUUCGACGCAAUAGUACUUGGCCGCAUUGACUAUCAGGACAUUGCUGCUCGAACGAAAAGCAAAACACGAGAGCUCGUUUGGCAAAGUAGUCCUGAUAACCUUGGUGACAAAGGGUCGCUCUUCACGCACAUCUCCGGGGGAUACUACGCGCCGAAAGGUUACGUCAUGGACGACUGGAAGGAAGACAGAAUGGACAAUAUGGAUCUGCAAAAAUUCCUCGACGAGAUAGAAAAUCAGCGAAUUUCGUUUAAAACAAACCACGUCAUGAUCCCAAUGGGUAGCGACUUUGGUUUCAGGAAAGCUGGUCAAUGGUUUGAGAAUUUGGACAAACUCAUCGAAAGGAUAAAUGCCAGGCAACAACAAGGAAGUAAAAUCAACCUCCUCUACUCCACGCCAUCUUGCUACAUCAACAGCGUGAAUAAGGCGAAGGUAACGUGGACCAAUAAGACCGAUGACUUCUUUCCAUACGCAGUUGACAACGGCUAUUGGACGGGCUUCUUCACGAGUAAGGCGGGCCUGAAGCUACAUGUGAAGAAAGCAGGGGCAUUACUGCAGGCGUGUAAACAGUUAAGCGUCUUUUCCGGUUUGUCGGAUGUAUUCAGGAGAAUGCAUGUUUUAAAGGCGGCCAUGGGCGUGUUGCAACAUCACGAUGCAAUCACGGGUACAGAGAAACACCACGUUGUACAGGACUACAACAGGAUGCUGAGUGAAGGUGUCCACCAGUGCCAGACCGUAAUUGACGAGGCCUAUCAGUACUUGACCAGCGAUCAGCCUGACCAUUCCAUGCACCAGCACUUCUGUCCGGACAUGAACAUCACGAUGUGUCCAGUGACCGAGUCAAGUCACCAACUGGCCCUCUUCAUAUAUAAUCCGUUGUCACGAUCGAUCACAUCAUGGAUUAGACUUCCGGUCACGCAUGCGCGCUACGUUGUCACGGGUCCUGAUGGAGAAAUACCUGUUCAGAUGACUCCAAUUUCAGAGUCAACUUCCAAUAUCUCAGACCGGAGGUCCGAUGCUAAGCUCGAGGCUGUGUUCCAGGCGGAGCUUCCAGCAAUGGGCAUGGCGAGCUUUGUUCUGCAAGGAGAACCAGGUGACACUGGCCGAGUCGUUACCACCAGUCCGCAGCUGCCUAUGGUAAUUGACAAUGAGCACCUCAAAGUGACCAUCGAUCAUGACGGUCUGAUAUCACAGAUAAAAAACCUUGAUCUUGACCUUGAUGUCGAACUCAAACAGGAAUAUGGUUAUUAUGAGAGUCGAGUCGCUCCACGUGCAUCCGGUGCCUAUAUAUUUGCCCCAAGGUCUAGUGACGUCAAACCCAUUGUAACGGAACAGCCAGUUGUUGUAAAGAUCUUCAAGGGUCCCGAGUCGAUAGAGGUUCACCAAAGGUUCAACGAGUACGUAUCACAAGUGGUCCGACUUUACAACGAUGCGGACUACCUGACGCUGGAGUGGACUGUCGGCCCUAUCCCCGUUGAGACAGACCAUGUGGGCAAGGAAGUAGUAUCUCUUUUCAAGACAAAUUUACAAACGAAUGGAGAAUUCUACACUGACUCGAAUGGUCGCGAAAACCUCAAAAGAAAACGUGACUACCGGGAAACAUGGAACCUGGACGUCAAAGACCGAGUGGCUGGGAACUACUAUCCAGUAACAAGCAGGAUGUUUAUAAAGGACGCUGACCGUGACGUCCAGGUGACGUUGUUGACAGACCGGUGUCAAGGUGGUGGCAGCAUCCACGACGGGGAGAUGGAGUUGAUGGUACAUCGCCGGACGCUGUUUGACGACGGCCUUGGGGUCGGGGAGCCCCUAAAUGAGAGAGGGAAGAAUCGCCAGGGGCUCAUAUACAGGGGAACUCAUUAUUUGUAUGUUGGUACGAAGACAAGUUCUGCUAAAUUCCAACGAGAAAAAGCUCAAGAAAUCCACUUCAAACCAACACUGUCUUUUAUACCGUUAGAUUCUGAUAAGCGAAACAGAUGGGACACGGCAGAGACUAUGGCGUGGUCAGGGCUGAAGUCCAGUCUCCCCGCCAACGUGCACGUCCUGAGUUUGGACUAUGUAGAGGAUAACAACACGGAUGUGCUUCUGUUGAGACUGGAACACUUCUAUGAGAAGGGGGAACACCCUGAGCUGUCCCGACCCUCAACAGUGGACCUGGAGAAUCUGUUUGGUGCCUUUCAAAUAGUAGGAAUAGAGGAGCUGAGUCUUGGUGCUAACUUUAUGGCUUCACACGUGAAGAGGCUGAGGUGGAGAACAGAAUCUGGGCUCACUCCAGAGGAAAUAGGUGCUGCUGUAAAGUUGCAGUGGGACCUCCCCCUUCAAGUGACGCUGAAUCCGAUGGAGAUCAGAACAUUCCACAUAGAAGUCGAUGAUCAAAUCAAACAUUCCAAAUCAUUUUUCAAAAAUAUUUUCAGGUAGCAAAUGUUGCUCAAUGUGUAAUAUUUAUUUUUAUUUACUGUGAUAUAAUAUACAUAUACAAAUAAAUUUAUUUAUUUUAUACCUACUUCUCUUUCAUCAGUUUUUGUCAGGGAUACACUGGUUUAACGCCGUCUUGAAGAGUAUUUCAGUUAGGACUCAAACCGGCAAUCAAGCUUCUAAUUCUCAGCAUCGGAAGAUAGUCCCACAAAUGUUCAAAGGGAUAUUGGGGAUCUUUAUGGGAUCUUUUAAUGUUAGAUGGCGUUGCUCUGCAAAUGGGCGAUCGUGGUGAGAUCUAGCGUUGCCAUCCGGAAACUUGACGACCGUCAAGGGGAUGGUUAUCAGCAUGUAGGACGACGGCGUGGAGUGCCCCGCGCUGUUAUGAAAUCAAACUAUAGUCCGUUUGGCUCAAAAGCGGACCGAUGAAUUGCAAUCUAACUCGAAA